GCUAAUUGUGUUCCAAAACGGCACAGCUUUGAAAGUUUCUGCACAUUAUGCAUUAGCGUUAUCCAUUCUCGUACUAGUUCUGUUGAAUGGAAUUCUGUGUAAAUGGACGAAAACUUCACAAAAAAGAGUGAGAUCGAAAGGAAAAAUGAUAGCGUGGUUAUUGAUUCAGUGCUAAUGCAUAAAGCUACACCAGAAUAUCUCCAAGAACUGCUCAAAGACAAAAGACAGCUACAGAAUUUUCCAAACAUCUUUUUACAUUUAGAGUUCAUUCUUGAAAAAGGUGGUGCGGAGGUAAUGUCAGAACUAACAGAGUUUCAGUAUAGAUCACAAAACCGUAUCUGCAUCCUAACAUUUAUCAGUUUUAGUUUGUUUACGAUCUUCUUGUAUUUGAAGCGCUCAUCAAAUUAGCCUUAUGUUCACACUUUACUAUUCAAACCACACGUUGCUUUAGCUUGUCGUUAAUAUGUAGAGAAUUAUACUAAUUUUGUUUAAAUGUUGAAGUUAGCUAUUAAAAAUGUUACCGAAUUAAAAAUAAUACAUCAUUUGUGCUUUUAACUAGAAUCUAAUUCAGUCUUUAACGUUACCUUCUGUAUGACUAAAAUUUUGGCUAGCAUUAUUUGUUAAAGGGUCUUGAAAUACUAAUCUAAAACAAGCUUGAUUUCUGGUAUUGCACUUAUUCUAAUAUAUUUUGGAGGUAUUACAGUAACAUCAGCUCCCAGUUUUAAUUUCGUAAAAUCGGUAAUCAGGGUAUUCUCACAAUAAUAAAGUUAAUUUGAGUGUUCUUUCAGAAUCCGUUUGUUCCUCAAUUUCUUGAUUUCCUUUCCACAAUUGCUUUUGAUGUUUUAUUGCAGAAAUUACGCGUGUUAGGCAGAAGCUUUUUCAUUUAAAUGAGUCUGUGAAGAAGACUGAGAAUGAACUUCCAAUGCCAUCAGGUAACAUUGUAUCUCUACAAGAAAAAGUGUUUGUCCCAGUAAAAGAAAAUCCGAACUAUAACUUUGUUGGACGACUUCUUGGUCCAAGAGGUUUGACAGCUAAACAGCUUGAGCAAGAUUUGGAGUGUAAGAUCAUGGUCAGAGGUAAAGGAUCAUUAAGAGACAAACGAAAGGAGGACUUAAACAGGGGAAAACCGAACUGGGAACACUUAGAUGAAGAGCUCCACGUUUUGGUCAGUGUCGAAGACUUUGAAAGUCGGGCAGCAAUAAAACUCAGGAGAGCCUCUGAAACAAUUCGUGCAUUUCUUGAACAAGGAGUACGAACGCCAGAAAAUGAGGACAGACUGAAACAAUUACAGCUAAUGGAAUUAGCUGUUCUAAACGAUAAAGAUCGUCAGCAAGCUCAUAUCCAGCAGGUUCAACAGCAUCAACAGCUUAUCCUACAGCAUCAGUCACUCACAGUACUGAAUCAUCAAGCGGCGGCUGCAGCAGCCGCAGCAGCAGCUGCUGCUCAUAUACUUCCAUCGAAUAAAUACUCUUCGAAUAAUCUUCUACCUCAGAUUCAAUCACAAGUGCUUCCUGGAUCAUUAACAACAAAUUGUUUACUUCCUGGAUCAGUAAACUCAAGUUUGCCUCAAGCGACUUCAGUGCAUUCCAUUUCAAAUAAUCAAUUAUCUCAUUCUCUUCCGUCUUUCAGUUCAACGAAUUUAACCACUUAUUUACCAAAUACUAAUUUAUCUGGACUAUUGUAUCCUUUAACAGCUAAUGCAGCUUUGUCAGCUGCUGCUGCCGCUAGUACAGGAUCGGCAACAAACAAUGGACAGAUUAAUCUUAGUUUACCUUUAAGUCAAAUUGCCGGUAGUUUAAGCGGGAAUGGACUUUCCGGAUUGUCUUUACCAAUCGGUUCUAGCUUACAAACAGCUAGUCAUGACCAGUUAGCUGCUGUAGCAGCUGCUCUCCUGGGUGGAAAUACAACUGGAAAUAUUGGUGCAAGUGGAUCCAAUCUUCAUCUAUCAAAUGGAAAUGUUAGUAAUUAUGCGCCUAACAUGAAUUCAGUUGGUCAUAAUUACCCCAUGACUUCACAUUCGUCUUCACUUGCAGACGCUGUAAAUAUCCUAGAAUAUAAUAAUUCAUCAACUGUACAAGAUGGCAGUUCAGGACCCUUAAAACUACGUUCUGUGCAAGCCUCAUCAACUACAGUUGCCCGAAUGCAUCCUUACUUAAGGCAGUAGCAUUGCAACGAGAAUGAUAACAUCUGUAUUCUUAGUUUUAUGACAAACUGGAUCUGGUUACUCCCAUGACAAAUAACAGCUGUGACUUUUAUCUAUGUGAUCAAACAUUUACCUUCUGGCUUUCAAUAAUAUGAAUCAGAAUCAACUGAAUACCGUGGUAAUGACAUUUACAUAUUUAUAUAUACACAUAUAUAUAUAUAUAUAUACAUAAAUAUAUUUACUGUUUUGUUCAUCCUUUUAUUAUUAUUAUUAUUGUUUUUUUUCUCUUAGUCUUUGUUCUACAACUUCGCUCACUUAAUAUCCUCCCCAUAUUUGUGCGUAAUUCUCAUAUUUUUUACUACGAAUAUUUUCAGGAAUUCUGUUAUUUGUACUACUACUACUACUAAUACGAGCACUACUAUUUCCUUUAGUUGAAAGAACAACAGUAAAUAAUAUAUGCAUAUGUAACACUUUUGAUAAAACUUUUCAUUUACUCGCCAUGACAACCAGUGCACAAACAAUACAGUACACAAUACAAUACAAUAGAGUGGUGAUACAGUUUUGAUGUUCAAGGCAGAGCAAAAAACGAAAAAAGCCCAACAAAAGCAAACUGUGCACUUUUAGAGACAUGUGAAAUCGCAUAUAUACUUAGAGAUAAUUGUCUGGAAGCAUGCAUAUAUUACACGCAUACAUGCAUUGCUCAUAAUAUAUAUACUUGUAUAAUUUUGUCAGUUAUUUAAUUUAAUUUUUCUUUGUUUUGCUGUUGGGAUACAGUGGUGAUUAAUGUUAAUCACUGCUAGUGUUCUUUUUUUUUUUUUUAAAAAAAUUAUUUUUAAAUCUCCAGAAAUCUACUUUUUUAUGUUAUAUAUAUAUACAUAUAUUAUGUCCUUUAUAAUAGUGUGUUUAUUUUAAUUGACUAUUUACGUAUUUCUUUCUUCUCGCCUCUCUUUCCAACCUUAUUCUAAAAGAGAAGAAGCAGAAUGUUCGUUUAUUUGACAGGCCAUUUCAAAUUGUUACAUUUCUCCUCUUUUGAUUCCAUGUCAUACAAAUAAUAUUUUAAACAGGAGCAACCAUGACAGAUAUUUCAGCAAGGUUGACAAGUAUUAUCAGGAAGUUGUCAGUCAUUUUAUCUAUCUAUUUAUUCUUCUGGACUCUUUGUUCGCUGUUCACUACACCAAUGAACUUUGACAACACGUGUACGUCAGUGGUUCAGAGAGGUAGAAUGCUCGUCAACCACACGUGCUCCGGCGUUCGAUCCUUUUCAACCUCGCUAAGCUGGUCGUAAGGAGAGUAAAAGUGUUGGUGGUCGGGGGAGGAGGGUUGAAAGGUCUUCCCACAUCGUAAAAGUUAAAACAUCAGUGCUACCGAAAGCUGAAAACUCUAGCUUGAGGCACUAUGUUCCACUUGGGAUGUAAAGCAAUGCAAUAAUAAUGAUGAUGAUCUUGUAAAGUAAGCAAACUCUGUCUGUCUGUCUGUCUAUCUCUUUCUUCGUAUGUGCUUGUGUGUGUGAGUGUAAAACUAUUUGGCCUUCACGUUGUUAUCAUCGAGAUCAUACAAUACACAUACAGACACUCCAAGUGAUUUUUGUCUUCCUUUCUCGGACGAUUACUUUACUUCUCUAACUUUUAUAAUUUUAAUUGUUUUUUUCCCUUUUGUUUUCUAAAUUUCUGCGUUGUAUUUUUUUUUUUUGAAUUCUAUUGAUACAAGGUUCUUGCCCUAAGUGUACCACCAUCCUUGAAUGUUUAUACUUGUCAAUGAGUCAAGUUAAAAAUUAUUAUUAUUAUUUUGAAAAUACUGUUUACCUAUUAAUUUAUUUAUUGAGCAAAA